UCAAAUAUAAACGUUAUGCUUUAAUGCUUAAUAAACAAAUAUAUAUAUAUAUAUAUUCGUGGCUACUAUAAAAUCAAAACUAGCACCUUUUAAUAUAAAAACGUUAUUUGUACUCCAAAAAGGAACCGCUUACGGAAUGGAGACAUCCAACGCAACAACGACUCGAUGUUAAAGACUAUGUUUCCCAUGAAGCUACACUCGGUUUUGCCCCACCCACCUAUUGCUCGUAUCCGCUUUUGUAUCUGCGUUGCGAGGGGGACUUUGAGAAACCGCAGCAAUGUCGGUUCAGGUUGUAGCUUCGAAAAUGGCCGAGGUCGAACUGAAAGACAUUGGCGGCAAGGAUGUACCCGCUGUGGCCCCACUGACACCGAAGGUGGAAGAGAAGCCGGUGGUUAAAUGUGAGCCUGUCGUGUCCCCUACUACACCCGUGAUUUCCAAUGUAGCAGCAGCCGUGGAUCCCACACUGCCGACCCCAAGCCCCAAUCUCAUGAAGAUGCCGCAGGCUUCUGCGAUGAAACGUACGGACCCGCAGCACAACGGCGGAGAAGCAUUCAUCAGCCCUGACGGUACGGUUACUGAGGCCCCAAGAACGGUGAAAAAGCAAAUUCAGUUUGCUGACCAGAAGCAGGAGUUUAACAAACGCCCUACUAAGAUUGGUCGUCGGUCCCUAUCCCGCUCCAUCUCUCAGUCCUCCACUGACAGCUACAGCUCUGCGGCUUCUUAUACAGACAGUUCUGAUGAUGAGACUUCUCCAAGGGAUAAACAACAGAAGAACUCAAAGGGUAGUAGUGACUUCUGCAUCAAGAACAUCAAGCAGGCUGACUUUGGACGCCGAGAGAUAGAGAUUGCAGAGCAAGAGAUGCCUGCACUGAUGGCUUUAAGAAAAAGAGCUCAAGGAGAAAAGCCACUGGCUGGAGCCAAGAUUGUGGGAUGCACACACAUCACUGCACAGACCGCAGUGUUAAUGGAGACACUUGCUGCCCUUGGAGCUCAAUGUAGGUGGGCUGCUUGUAACAUUUAUUCAACUCAGAAUGAAGUUGCAGCAGCCCUUGCUGAAGGAGGUUUUGCAGUCUUUGCUUGGAAAGGUGAAUCAGAAGAUGAUUUCUGGUGGUGCAUUGAUCGAUGUGUUAACGUUGAAGGAUGGCAACCAAACAUGAUUCUCGAUGAUGGAGGGGAUCUUACUCAUUGGAUUUAUAAGAAAUAUCCAAAUAUGUUUAAAAAAAUUAAAGGGAUAGUAGAAGAAAGUGUCACUGGUGUGCACAGGUUAUAUCAGUUGUCAAAAGCUGGAAAGCUGUGUGUUCCUGCAAUGAAUGUGAAUGACUCUGUUACCAAACAGAAAUUUGAUAAUUUAUACUGCUGCAGGGAGUCUAUCCUGGAUGGGCUGAAAAGAACAACAGAUGUUAUGUUUGGAGGAAAGCAAGUUGUAGUAUGUGGAUAUGGAGAGGUGGGCAAAGGUUGUUGUGCAGCCCUGAAGGCAAUGGGAUCAAUUGUGUAUGUCACAGAGAUUGACCCUAUUUGUGCCCUGCAGGCCUGUAUGGAUGGUUUUCGGCUGGUGAAGCUAAAUGAAGUCAUUAGACAGGUGGACAUUGUUAUCACCUGUACAGGUAAUAAAAAUGUUGUGGUACGGGAAUACUUGGACCGUAUGAAGAAUGGCUGCAUUGUCUGCAACAUGGGACAUUCCAAUACUGAAAUUGAUGUGGCUAGUCUUCGCACUCCAGAGUUGACCUGGGAGCGUGUGAGGUCACAAGUGGACCAUGUAAUUUGGCCAGAUGGAAAAAGAAUAGUUCUUCUGGCGGAGGGCCGUCUACUCAAUCUCAGCUGCUCCACAGUUCCCACCUUUGUGCUUUCUAUCACAGCCACAACUCAGGCAUUGGCUUUAAUAGAGCUUUACAAUGCACCAGAGGGUCGAUAUAAGCAAGAUGUUUAUCUGUUACCCAAGAAAAUGGAUGAAUACGUAGCAAGCCUUCACCUUCCAACAUUUGACGCACACCUGACCGAACUCACGGAUGAGCAAGCAAAGUACCUGGGCUUAAAUAAAAAUGGGCCCUUUAAGCCAAAUUAUUAUAGGUAUUAAUCUCCUGUGAAAAGAAAAUUUAAACAAAUACACAAACUGGAAGAACAGUAUAUUUGAGAACAAGAAAUGAAGCUACUGUAAAGGAAAAUGAAGCUCCUGGUUUAAAGCUGGACUUGACGGAAUACCAGAAAGCGCAUCAAGAGUUUUAUUUAUUUAAAGUAGAAUACUGUAAUCUUAACCUCUGACAGCCCAAGCCAUUUUGUCAUUCUUUGAAGUGGCUGGGAGAGGUAACAUUGUUUCAUUUUCUCUAACGUAUAUUUGUCAGGUGUAAGUAAUCCAUUGGAG